CAAAACAUUUGUUUUGUUUAGAGGUUAAGAAAUAAGAAGAGUAGUGGCCGUAGAACUGUAUUUUUUUUAAAACUUUCACGACGUCGUAUUCACUGCACGUGCCUUAUUCUUCACUUUCAUCCAAAACCCACAAAACAUACGCUAGGGUUCACCCACAGUUCCGACGACAAUGGAAGUAUCCACCACCCGUAACCAAACCUCCAAACGCAAGUUCGACGACACCGUUCCAUCCUCAUCCAACGGCGUCGAUCUCUCUCUUCUCGAAGCAAUCGAGAAAUCCCAACACACCAUAGAAGCAGUCGACAACCGAACCCUAAAGAAGCUCGUCCUCUCCUUCGAACGCCGCUUGAAGGAAAACAUCGAAGCUCGUCUCAAGUACCCUAACCAACCCGACCGAUUCGCGGAUUCCGAAUUGGAGCUCCACGAAGAGCUUCACAAGCUCAAAGUCCUCGCCGGAGCACCGGAGCUUUACCCUGACUUAGUUAGUCUCAAUGUCGUUCCGUCGAUUGUCGAUUUGCUUAACCACGAUAACACCGAUAUUGCUAUCGAUGUAGUUCAGCUUCUUCAGGAUUUAACGGAUGAGGACGCGCUUGAUGAAAACGAUGAGCCUGCUAGGGUUUUAGUUGAUGCUAUUGUUGAGAAUAGUGCGUUGGAGCUUUUGGUGCAGAAUCUUCACCGUUUGUCGGAGUCUGAUCCUGAUGAGAAUGCUGCUAUUUAUAAUACGCUUGCUACGAUUGAGAACUUGAUUGAGGUGAAACCUGCUGUGGCGGAGUUGGUUUGCGAGAAGACGAAGCUGUUGAAGUGGUUGCUGGGGAAGAUUAAGGUGAGGGAGUUUGAUGGGAAUAAGCAGUAUGCUUCGGAGAUUUUGGCUAUUUUGUUGCAGAGUAGUUCUGUGAAUCAGAAGAAGUUGGGGCAGAUGAAUGGUGUGGAUGUGGUGCUUCAGGCUGUGGCGAUGUAUAAGUCGAAGGAUCCUAAGAGUUCGGACGAGGAGGAAAUGGUGGAGAAUUUGUUUGAUUGUUUGUGUUGUUUGUUGAUGCCUUUGGAGAAUAAAGAAAGGUUUGUGAAAGCGGAAGGGGUUGAGUUGAUGAUAAUUAUUAUGAAACAGAAGAAAUUGGCUUAUGCUUCUGCGAUAAGGGCUAUUGAUUUUGCAAUGACUAAUUACCCUCCUGCUUGUGAACGUUUUGUUGAUGUUUUGGGAUUAAAGACAGCUUUUGCAGCUUUUAUGGGUAAGAUUCCCAUCAAUAAGAAGAACAAGAAAGAAAGAUACCAGGAGGAGUUAGAAGAGCGCAUUGUGUCUCUGGUUGCUUCAUUAUUCGGUGGUAUCUUGAGGGGCUCUAGGAGAGAAAGAUUAUUAAGUAAAUUUGUUGAAAACGAAUGCGAGAAGAUAGAUAGGCUAAUGGAACUAUACAUCAGAUAUUCGGAUAGAGUCAAAGCUGAAACUGAACGGUUGGAUCAAAUUGAGUUUGAUGACUUGGAGAUGGAUGAAGAUGAAAAGUACAAUCGUAAACUAGAAUCUGGACUUUAUACUCUCCAGUUGGUUGCUGUCAUUUUGGGUCAUAUUUGGUGCUCCGAGCAUUCACAAAUGAGAGGAAGAAUUGAACUACUUCUCAAGCAGAACAAACUUAGUAAAAAUCACGUCAAGGAUAUACUUCAGGAAUAUCAUGACAAUAUUGGCGAUCUUGAUGGGCCAGAAGAGAAAGAGCGAGCACAGGCCAAGAUUCAGAAGUUUUUAACGGCGUUAUAACUAUUGUAAAACUUAAUAGAGAAAACUUCAUUGGAAGUGAUCAUUCAUUUUUCUUUUUCUCCCCUUUUCGAAUGCAUGUAAAAUCUUUAAUCCAGAACAAGAAAUAGUUUAGUUAGUAUAACUGAGAAAGAAACUCUGAUAUGUGAAUGUUGUUGAGAUCAUAGUUACCUACAGUUUCGUUUUUCGUUGUUAUCAUGGAUAAUAUAUUUUCCUUUGCCCAGAGGGGCGGGCGGUGUUUGGUCUUUAA